AUGGAGAAUGAGAAUAGUUUGAUGUCAUUAAUUGAAAUAAUUGUAGAAAUGGUUAUGAAGGAGGUUGUGAAAAAUUUAAAGGAGGUUAGAUUUAAACAAUGGAAAAAUAGAAGAUCACGCCUAUGUUAUGAAUGUCGAAAGAUGGGCCAUAUUGCUUGUUUUUGUCCACAACAAAUCCAUAGUGGUGAUUCAAGAGAUGAUAAAAUCGAUGAGUAUUAUGUACGACAUGUAAUGAAACCGUCAGAAAAAGACGAUAAUGAAUUAAAACGUACUAUGAAAGAACAAGUGAUGAGAUCACCUUCGAAAGGAGAUAUUGGGAUUGAUGGAUUCAAUGGUGUUGUAUUUCAGCAAAUUGUAAAUAGAAAAGAGCAUUGGAACGGUAAAGUGGAGGAUAUACCUAGUAAGAAGUGUGUGGUAAAGGAGAAAACUAUAAAAAAGGAAAAAGAAUAUAUACCUGAUAUCCGAAGUGUGAAUAGAAAUGUUGUUAAUAAUGGGGUAAAGCUGCAGAUGAUAAAGCGAAAAAUGAGUAGAAAAGUCGGAAAUAAUGAGUAUGCGGAUUUAGGUGAAAGUGCAUUGCGAAUUGACAAUGCGAAAGUUAAAGUGAUGGAAAGUCUUGAUGAAGAUGGUAGUAAUCCAAAGAAGCUGGACAUGUCAUGUGUUGUUGGUGAAAAUGAAAUUAAAG